UUUUCGGCAGCGCUGUGUUUAACACCUAAAUAUCAGAACACAAAAACAACAAGGGUAUCCGCAGAAUCGCCGGGAAAAUACCACGAAUGAUAUUUUGAUUUUGUACAAAAUAAAAGAGCGGCGUAAAAUUUAUUGCUUUCCACCAGACAGCAGUAAGCAAGUCAAAGCCAACAACUGUAGCAACAAUCAAAAGUUUAUGCGAAAGCGUGCGUGCGUUCGUUGCCGCCCAAUGGAAAUGUGUACAAAAUUCCAAAAGUGCAAAUUAUUUAAAUAACUCCGCAGUGCUCAACGUUCAAAGUUAACAACAAAUCAAACCGAGAAAACAAAACCGAACUGAAAACCGAAAGCCGAGGUUUCCCGCACUGGCACAAAAUACGCGAGCCUAAUUGAAUUUGGUGCGCGGAAGAGCAAACACAAUUGCAACCUGUGGCUCGGCUGCUGCUUUGAUUUGGAUUUUGAAUACUGAAUACGGCUUUUGUGCAAGCAAGCCGGAAGCCAGGCCCCAAUGCAAUUGCUUUGAACCGCAUCCGAGCGGAGCUUUACCUGUCAGACAGCGAAUCAAGCGGCGGCGACAUGUGGUGCAUCGUCAACUUGCCCAACGGCACCCAGCAGGCCGUCAAGUGGGACCCCAAGGCCAAUGGCCAGGAGUGUCUGGAGAAGGUCUGUCGUGCCCUGAACAUCAUCUGCGAGAUGGAGUACUUCGGCCUGGAGCACUGGACGCCCAACCAGAAGGAGUCGCAGACGCGCCAGUGGAUCAACCUGCGCAACCGGCUGUCCGGCGACAGCGGAAGCAGUGGUAGUGGCAUCCAGCUGAUGCUGGCCCUGCGGGUCAAGUUCUGGGUGCCGGUGCACUUCAUCCUGCAGGAGAGCGUGCGCAACCUGUUCUACAUGCAGGCCAGGCGGGACCUGCUCGAGGGUCGCCUCACCGCACCCGACUGGAGUGGAGCGGCCAAGCUGGCGGCCCUGCUCUGCCAGGCGGACGGGCUGCGCUUCAACGAGUCCUCCCUGCGGGCCGACUGCCCCAUGAGGAUGCGGCGGGAGCUGGCCCAGCAGCAGCAGCAACAGCAGCAGGCGCAGCAGCAGCGCUUGGAGCAGCAGCGCAAGGAGAAGGAGCACGUGCUGAGCUUUAAGAAGCGACGCCUGUCCAAGCAGAAGUCCAUGGAGCACAUCGAGGUCUGCACCCUGCCCACAUCCAAUGCCACCAGCUGCAGUCUCCAGCCCUCGCCAUCCGCAUCCGCCUCAGCAUCCGCCUCCACCUCCGCCUGCUCGCAAACCCACUCGAACAGCAGCUCCAGCAGCCCCAGCAACAGCAGCAGCCAAACGGGUCUGGACGAGCGACUGGCCAGCAAUCCGCUGCGCAUGUACGAGGAGUACCUGAUCCAGCCCAGCUCCGAGGGCGAGCCGCCGGCCGACUACCUCCGGCAAAUCGCCAUGGAGCACGGCAAGCUGGCCAAGCUGCAGAUGAGCCUCAAGUCGGCCAAGUACUGGCUGCUGCAGUCCAUCCAGGAUCUCGAGGGCUACGGCGAGGAGCUCUUCAGCGGAGUGACCACCAACGAGAGUGCCACGCGCUGCGACAUUGCGGUGGGCGCCCAUGGCAUCACCGUCUGCCGGGGGGGAGACAAACAAAGCAUCCCCUUUGGCGCCAUUGCUGCGGCCAAGUCGCUGCGUCGCACUUUCAAGCUGGAGUACGUGGACGAUCACAACGACCGCAAGGAGCUGGAGAUCAAGCUGCCCAAGCAGCCGAUCGCGGCGGGCCUGUACCGCUCCAUCACCGAGCGGCACGCGUUCUACGUGUGCGACAAGGUGCGCGGCGUGGUGACCAACCAGUUCACCCGGGAUCUCAAGGGCACCAUCGCCUCCAUGUUCAUGGAGAACACGGAGCUGGGCAAGCGCUACGUCUUCGACAUCCAGCACACCUGUCGCGAGGUGCACGACCAGGCGAGGAGGACGCUCCACGAGCGGGGCGGCGAUCUGAUCGCCGAGGGCGCCGAAGGAUACUCUGCUGCCGCUGGAGGAUUGGGCGCCGCUGCCGGCGGCGACCCCAUGGACGCCGUGGCCGGGGUCAGCGGGCUGGCGACUGGUGCCGGCGGCUCCAUGGUCGGCAAGAUAGAUUUGGCCAUUCGCGAGAAGGAGGCGCGUGAGGCGGCGAUUGAGCGUUGCGUGGAUACGCGCAUCUCGGAGGCCAUGCAGUGCAAGAUCUGCAUGGACCGCGCCAUCAACACGGUGUUCAAUCCUUGCUGUCACGUCAUCGCCUGUGCCCAGUGCGCUGCAAGAUGCAGCAACUGCCCCAACUGUCGGGUGAAGAUAACCAGCGUGGUCAAAAUCUAUCUACCGCCGGAGCUGCGCACCAGCCAAACCGGCAGCGGCGCCACAACCACCAGCAGCGGCAACAUCGGCGACGGGUGCUCCGUGGAGGAGCAGCUGCACCAGCUGGAGGAGAUCUCGGUGGCACCCGCAUCCUUGGAGGCGGCCGCAGGGGCCGGAGCAGCAGCCGGAGCCGCCGGACCUGGCGGGCAGCCGAAGGUCACGACGGCCGCCUAGAAUUGGUUGUGCUCGCUGCUGUUCCGGCUGAUGGAAUGGGUGUGCGUGCCGAUUGUCUGAGAAGCAUCUGAGGAGUGACCCACUGCACUCUACGACCACAACCUAAAAGGGGAACAAACCAACUAGCGAGGGAACUUGUGCCCCGCGCGCACGGUUCGAGGCGGAUUCAAGCGGAGCAGUCAGUCUGUCAACAAUCUUAGCUCUAUCUUUACUCAAGUAUUUUACCGACAUAAGCAACUGAAACUUUAAUGUAACUCUACUCUAGGUCCUAGCCAUAUACACGAUACGUUUACUAUUUAUAGAUGUACGGACUUCGAGAAAGUGCUAUUCAAACUCGUCUAAGACUUCACUGCAUAGCCUAUGCCUAGAAUCUAUAACUGCAGAUUGUUUCAUAUUCAUAUACAACACCGUAUACACACAGAUAUAUUUACGAUCGUUAUAGAUCAGCGAUACCUUAUACCUUAUACGAUGUAGCCCUUGAAUGUACAACAUAGUUACUUACUAAAUGUUAGCAGUUUUACCAACUAAACUCGAGAUGUAUUUAUUAACGCCUAAACUCUUAGUAUUCCACCCCAACCCGAAACCCGAAGAAACCCCAAUUCUCAUAUAUAUACCCUACGGAUACAGAUAUUAUAUGAACGUACUAUAUAUCACCGUGUGUAUAUAGGACAAGCGUACAAUAAUCGCAAACCCAAGGAGCAAAGUAGUACUAAGUACCUGCAAACAAACAGAAACGGAAACAGAACACGAAACGCGAAAGUAUCUCUGCAGUGGAUAUUACAUAGUCAAUAAUAAAUGUUAACAAUGUUAUACUAUAUAUACAUAUAUAUACAUGUAAAAGAAACCAAUGAAAAUACCUUAAAUGUA